ACGAUCUGCCCCGGGACAGCACGGUGGUGACCAAGACGACCUGCGAGUUGCUGCGAGUGGAGCAGCAAGAUUUCAGACUGAUUUUUGAGAAAAAUAAAGAAUUAAUGAACGACAUAAUUACAAACUGUAGGCUAAAAAAUGGAUUUGGCCAGAGCAUGCAGACGACCAGCACGGUGCAGACGAACGUGCAGCAGCAACCGUCGCCCACAAAAAAGCAGCUCAGUCCGGAUCAUCCGAAUCCUGCCGCACCAAUCACGGAAAUACCAAGUCCCGCCAUGUCCCGCAUGGGGUGGGCCCUCCGGACGCUCCUAGUGUCAGACAAUACAAGCUGUUUAAAGGACCGCAAGGUGGGCGGAAAGUUCAUACGGAAAUGUGCCCCCGGCACGGAGCUGGUCGAGUGGCUGCUGAACCUGUCGCCGAUCGUGCACACGCGAACGCAGGCCGCCGGCAUGUGGCAGGCACUGCUCGAGGAAGGUGUCCUGUGCCACGUGGCAAAAGAGCAACCGUUCAAAGACAAGUGCUUUCUGUAUCGCUUCAAGUCGGACGAAGACGGGACGGCCGGUGGAGGGCCAACCUCCGACGACGUAAGCCACGCCAACGAUCACAUCCGCGAGGCACUUCCGGCCCUGCUGCACCGCGGUCCCGACGCAACGCUCCGCAUGAUCCUGAGAAAACCUUCCCAUGAGCGUACGCAGGAGGAACUGGAGUUGGUCUACGAGGAACUGCUACACAUUGCCGCCCUAUCGCACCUGUCAACCUCCAUCAAGCGCGAGCUGGCCUCCAUCAUCGUGUUCGAGGCGCACGCACAUGCCGGGACCGUAUUGUUCAACCAAGGCGAUGAAGGACGCUCCUGGUACAUCCUGCUGAAGGGAUCGGUCGAUGUGGUGAUCCACGGCAAGGGCACGGUGGCCACCCUGAAGGAAGGUGACGACUUUGGCAAGCUGGCCCUCAUCAACGAUGCGCCCAGAGCGGCCACGAUCGUGCUGAAGGAGAACAACUGUCAUCUGCUGCGUGUGGAUAAGGAACACUUCAACCGGAUCUUGCGGGACGUCGAGGCGAACACGUUGCGGCUGCAGGAGCACGGAAAGGACGUGCUGAUCCUGGAGCGGGUCGCCAAGCAGCGCGGCUACUCCGCGUUCAAGUACACGGUCAUGUCCGGUACGCCGCAAAAGAUGCUGGAACACCUGCUGGAAACGCGGCUGGGAGGUCAGGCCGGACCGAACGAUCCGUUUCUGGACGACUUCCUGCUCACGCACAUCGUCUUCAUGCCGACGCCGCUGCUGAUCGACGAGCUGGCGGCCAACUUCCAUGCCGACGCCGACAUCGACCUGCGGCAGGCGAGCGACGAAGAUCAGGAGUACUUUCUGACCAGCAAACGGCGCGUCGUGCAGUUCAUCCAGCGCUGGGUCCUGGCGGUCCGGCACGCCGUCUUCGACGACCCGCUGGCGGUGGAAUUUAUCGAGGAGCUGGCCACAGACGUCGAGGCGGAACCGGCCCUGCAGGAGGAAGCGAGCAUCAUACAUCACGUCCUAACGCAAUUAUCCCGAUACCAGGAGGACCGUCAGAUGAACGCCACCCAGAAAUGGAAGCUUCCGCCCAACGGGCAGCCGAUCUGUCUGUUCAGCGGGAACACACACUCAAAGACUGUUAUACGCCCGGAUGACGAUAUCAUCUUCCGGGUGUAUUGUGCCGACCACACGUACUGCACGCUCCGCUUCCCGAUGGCCACCAGCGCGGAGGUGAUUAAGGCGUGCGCCGCCGACAAGCUCCAGAUUGCCCGGCUGCCCGACGACCUGCUGCUGGUGGAGGUCAAGUCGAGCGGCGAGCGGGUCGUGUUUAAGGACAACGACGUCAGCAUACCGACCGCCCUGAGCCUGAACGGGCGCAUCUUUGUCUCACCGAAGGACCACCUGGACGCGCUGACGCCGCUGCCCGAGCAGGAAGUGCCGACGGAUGCACCGGACGUGGACUUUGAAGCGCUGUCCACCAAGGACGUCGCGUACCACAUAACGCUCUUCGACUGGGACCUCUUCUGGGCGGUGCACGAGUACGAGCUGCUGUACCACACCUUCGGCCGGCAUCACUUCAACAAGAUCACUUCGAAUUUGGAUGUUUUCAUCAGACGCUUCAACGAGAUCCAGUACUGGGUGGUGACGGAGAUCGUGUCGACAACGAACCUGACCAAGCGCAUGUCGCUGGUGAAGAAAUUUAUCAAGCUGGCCGCCUUCUGCAAGGAGUACCAGAACCUGAACGCGUUCUUCGCAAUCGUCAUGGGGCUCUCGAACACGGCCGUUUCCCGGCUGUCGCUGACGUGGGACAAGCUGCCGUCCAAGUUCCGGAAGCUGUUCACCGAGUACGAGGCACUGAUCGAUCCGAGCCGAAACCACCGAGCUUACCGAAUGUCGGUGGGUAAGCUGCAGCCACCGGUCAUCCCGUUUAUGCCGCUGCUCCUGAAGGACAUGACCUUCGCCCACGAGGGCAACAAGACCAGCCUGGACGGGUUGGUGAACUUUGAGAAGAUGCACAUGAUGGCGCAAACGAUGCGAGCGGUACGCUUCUGUCGCUCCCGACACUUGGUGCUCGAUCCACCGUCGCCCAAGAACGAGAACGAGAUCCGCAACUACAUCCGAUGCUUCCGGACGAUCGACAACCAAAGAGUGCUAAACUCGAUGUCCCAGAAGGUGGAACCGCGCCGAUCUUAAGUCAGCGGUAGUCGUCAGCAGUGCCACCAAAAACCAUGAAUGCCAACCCGGACCAAGGAAGCGAGCGACCCGGAAACGGAAUGCACAUACACAAAUGGAGCUGGUUCCAUGAGACCAAAUCCCUGGCCCGCCGGCGACGAUCACGACGGAUGUGGCGCUCCUUAGCCGGCCCACUCAAGGACACGGCCCCAGUUGAGCUCCGAACAUGAUGUCCCAUUUUAUAAGAAGCAAACCGCCGAAUCCGAAAAGUAUCUCUUUUGUGCAAAGUAUUUAUUAACUCCGCAUCUCCGUUUGUAGGGGGCAUGUCUUCUGUCUUUUAUUUUUGUUUUUAUGUUGUGUAAUUAACUUCUCUUUGGAGCGCCCGGUGGCCGGUGAAAGCGCGAAAGGUACCGCGAACCCUCGUCUCAAAUCAGAUAAGAUUGUUGUAUAAAUAAUGAAAAUACCUUUCGGCUUUUUUCCGGGCCCCCUUUUGACCCGAUCUUUGUCUAACCCGGUCGAAGUGUAUGUAAUCUCCUGC